UUCAUCAGUUACUGCUCAAAACAUAUUUAAAACAAUAUAGAAGACAUGAAGUUUGCACUUGGCAGUUUUUUCCUUACGACUAUAGUCUCCUUUAAUUCUAUUGAAUUAAGUUCAGAGAUGAAGUUUCCAUUCUGCUCAUCGACGAAAUGCCUUCCAUUAGACGAUCAAGAAAAUCCUCCUCGUCCGAGGCCCCGAAAUAAUCGUCUAUCUGGUUUUGCAAUGUACCGAGUAUUCAUGCGAACAUUCGGGCAAAAUCGAAGGCGUUUUGUAGCAAGAAGGAAUGCUCAUGAAAUUCAGCAGCAGAAUCAACAAAAUGUUCAACAUAACCAAGAACAACAAAAUAACCAACGUCAAGAAGACCAAUAAUUUGGAUCUGGAUCUACCUCUGACAAACCACUGCAGGAAAAUUAAAAUAAGUUCAUUUAUGGUUUAAAAUUGAAAAAAAUUUGAGAUUUCAUUUAUGUUAUGCAUACGAAUACAAACUUAUUCUUGAUAAAUUGAUAAUAAAGUCUGUAAUAAACCAA